AUGGCAGUGCUGGAGAUCCAGACCAACGGGGACACGCGGGUCUCGGAGGAGGCAAUUGUGCGGGCACGACAUUCGCUGGACGAUCCCAACAUGCGGGAGUUCAUUCUGUCGUGCCUGACCCUCAACCCAGACAAGCGACCGACAGCCAACAACCUCCUCUUCCACCGCGUGCUCUUUGAGGUCCAUUCCCUCAAGCUGCUGGCAGCGCACUGCUUCAUCAACAACCAGUAUCUGAUGCCAGAGAAUGUGGUGGAGGAGAAGAUAAAGGAACUGGACCUCAACAUGGUGAUGGCAGAGAUCCGGAGAGAGGGUCGGCCAGGAGCGCAGUGGAGGUACUCUGAGGUCUCCUUCCUUGAGCUCGACAAAUUCCUGGAAGACGUCAGGAAUGGGAUUUACCCCCUGAUGAACUUCGCUGUUUCCAGACCCCACGCCCUCCCACGAGCCCUCUCCCAGCCCCAGGAGGACCCUCAGAAAGCCAAGACUCCCACGCCAGAGCCCUUUGAUGUGGAGACCAGGAAG